AUGAGUAAAAACGAUGAAAAAACUCAUAAUAAUCGGAAAAUAUCAACAGCCAAUUUGAUAAAUACAAACUGUUUAUCAAAUGAUCAUCGCGGUAGUUGGCAAAUAGAAUCAGGAUAUUAUAGUGACAGGUCACAUUUAUAUUCACAACAACAACAACAACAACAGGAAUAUCCAUGUAAUCAUAUAUCAACAGCCGUCACAUCCUCAUCAACAUUUAAUCCGAAAAAAAUGACUGAUGAUGCUUUUGGUAGAGGUCUGUGGGACGAUCCUGGUCCCGCAAGACUUUUUACAGGACCAGAACCAAAAAACCAUUUUUUGAAGGAUCCAGGACCGGGAUCGGAACCAGAUCUUUUUGAUAAUAGUCUUGUAUGA